AUGUCCUAUCCAGUCAGGCUGCCCGCAACCAGGUCGGUAGUCACCGUUACACAUCCCACACCGGCCAUCUGGAUCAUUGAGCUACACAAUGGCGCGGACAGUCGUCUAACGGAGGAAUUCAUUACCACGGCCCUUAUGCCCUCACUGGACGUGGUGGAGAAGCACUGGCGCGAAGCGUUCCGCGCGGUACGGCAGACGGAGGACAAGAAGGGCGCGGAGGGUGCUUUGAUCAUUGUCGGCAACAGAUCACAGCACAAAUUCUUCAGCAAUGGCCUCGACUUCGCCGCCGUAAACAGCAACCCCGUUUCUACUGCAACGUUCUUCCCGCACGUCUUCAAUCCAAUGGUGCGAAGAGUUUUGACUUUUCCGAUCCCCGUCGUUGCCGCCCUUAACGGACAUACCUUCGCUGCCGGCAUGGCACUCGCGCUGUGCUGUGACUACCGCGUCAUGACAGAUGGAAGCAGCAGGAACGCCUGGUUGUGCAUGAAUGAGGUUCACUUUGGUUCUGGCUGGCCUCUAACCCUUGCUGCCAUCAUGCGUGCCAAGGUGUCUGACCCACGCGUCCUGCGCAAGGUCGCGUUAGAGGGUCAUCGUUUCACGCCGCAAGAGGCGCUACAGGCAGGCCUUGUCGAUCACAUUGUCAAGGGAGACACCGACGCCGUCUUGGCGAAAGCCCAGGAAGUAGCGGAAUCUGUUCGCAGCUGCCCAACAUUUGGUGCAUGGGGUGUCAUUAAGCGUGAUCUGUACCGAGAUGUUGUGGAGGCGAGCUUGAGAGAUGUCGCUGGGCAUUCCGUCGCUGUGGAAGACGCACUCGCCAAGGCGAGGCUUUGA